AUGGCGGAAGGCGACGUGCCUUUAGUCAAAAGUUUUAGCGGUAGUGAAAUUGAAUUUGGCGCGAAUGGGACCAAAAUGACAAGAGCUAAUUCGAGGAUGUCAACCCUGCUGUUCUGGCAGGGAAAGGGCAAGGCGAAUGGCGCCCCCAAUGGUAGAAAUUGGUUACAUGCGCCCGACGCUCUCGUUAAAGGACACGUUGCUUACCCAGUGAAGUUCCUCGGCUGUACACAAGUGGAACAGCCCAAGGGCAUAGAAGUCGUGAAGGAUGCUAUAAAAAAGCUGCAGUUCACACAGCAACUGAAGAAGUCAGAGGCCAAAGACGGUGCUAAGUGUAAGAAGGUGGAGAUUACGAUAUCCGUGGAUGGAGUAGCGAUACAGGAGCCAAAAACGAAUAACAUCCUCUACCAGUUCCCGCUGCACCGGAUAUCGUACUGCGCGGACGACAAGGGUGCAAAGAAAUACUUCUCUUUUAUCGCUAAAGGGGGCAGCACCGUCAACAAUGUCAAUGGCCACGAUGGCAACAUGGAUAAGCAUGAGUGCUUCGUGUUUAUUUCAUCGAAGUUAGCUUCGGAAAUCACGCUUACAAUUGGGCAAGCAUUCGACUUGGCAUAUAGGCGGUUCUUGAACGACAAUGGCAAAUACAUCGAGAUGCAGAAGAUGCAGCUACAGAACAAGAAACUGGAGAUACAGAUGAAUACUUACAAAAAUCGUUUACAGGAGUUAUCAAAGAUCACAUACAAAGACGAUUUAAAUUCAUAUCUGGCGCGCAACAAGUUGUCAGACAUCACAGAAUUCAAGCCGCCACCCGAGCUCGAGAAACAAUUAAAUACCCUCACUCUGGCCAAUGGGUUCAGCGCUAUGAACGGGAACAAGACGCCCGAGUUAGGUGUAGACGCACUAUCCAACAAUUCCACGGACACGUUCAACUCCAGCAACGACAACAAUUUAUUGCUGGCAACACCUCCGCCCCAACACAACGGGAAACACAACUUCGGCACCGGUAAACUGAUUGGCGAUUUGUUGACAAGCAAGAACCCCUCUGUAGGAACCAAGCUCGAAGGAUUGAUCCUCAACUCUGAUUCGGACAGUGACUUCGACCCCCGCGCGUGUGAGGAGCCGCCCGCGCCGGCGCCGCACCACGCCGCCACGCCGCCGCUCCUGGCACCCCCUCCCAAGACGUCGAAGCGACAACCGACAGCCGUCCCCCCUCCGCAACCGACCCUCAACGGCAGUGACCUGUUCGGCUCCACGCCCUUCGCCGUCCAACAGCAACCCCCGCCGCCCGCCCCCACGACACAACCCUUCCCGACGUCCACCCCCAACAAACCGAAUUACGAUAUCUCCGAUUUCAAUCUCCACACUUCAGUCUUCAACACGAACACGUCGUUCACUAACGGUCUCAGCGGCUACGACCCGUUCGAUACGCAGAAGAGUGGAAAUAUCUUCGGGAAUGGAUUCAAUAAUACCUUCAACGGAUUCGGGAACCUCAGCGAGAAGCAAUCUGUGGAACUCAACAGCAGUUUCAACGGGUUUUUAGAUAAAACUAUUUCGGAAAUGAAGGACGGCUUCAGCCGAGGGAUCACAUUUGGAAACGAUGAUUUUUCAAUAGACAACCUUGAUCCCUUGAAGAAAAAUUAA